AUGGAUCGUGCCAAGUCAGCUGUCAGUGAUUUCCUCUCCAAGGAUGGAAAGCAUGAUACCACUGUUCACGAGGUACGAGUUCUUGCCCUUCAGUCGGCAUCUCAGAAAGUGCUAAUGAUUUAUCGCAGGACUAUCAACCCAGCUGUUCAAAAUGAGCACGUAAUCAAGACCCGCCACGAAGAAGCAACUACUGCUAUCGACCGUGAGGUUCAUCAAGAUCACCACCACACUUCAAUUCAACCUAUCCAAGACCGUGAAGUCCUUCCAGAGCAACACUCCCAUCAACUCGGAGCUGUUGAGCACCGCAACAUCAAGCACGGAGAUGACAAUCAGAUUCAGGAACGUCUCGCUGCUGAACAAGCCCAAUUCAAGAACACCAGAACUGUCGGAGAGACUCAACACACCGCAGCCAAAGGUGCCACCGUUGCUGGUGAGCAUGUCCAUCACCACGUCCACGAGACCAUUCAACCAGUCAUCGAGAAGGAGACUGUUCAACCAUCCGUUGUCCACACCACCAUUCCAGUCCAUGAGGUUCAUCAAAACGAGGCUAAGCACCACACUGCCACCGCUCUCCCAGCUGUCAGCAUGAGCGAGUUCAGAUCUCAAGGAGGUUCUUUAGGAGGACGUGAGGAGCGCACUGAUGCUUUCAAGGGUGAGCCAAAGUCUGUUGGUGGCACUCUUGGAGGCGAGGGUGCCAGGGGCACUACCUCUUUGACUGAGGGAGAAGGUAUCCAUACUGGCGCUCACACCGGUACUGGUAUCGCCUCUACUACUGCUGGUACUGCCCACCACACUACCUCCCACUCUUCAACUGAGUCCCACAAGAAGCCUAGCUUGAUGGACAAGCUCAACCCAAAGGUCGAUGCCGAUGGUGAUGGAAAGGCUGGUUUCAUGAAAUAG